UCUGCGUGCCUUGUUAGUUGACAUUGAAUUUGAAGCGGAUAAAGCAUAAUAAUAAAACGUAUUGGUUAAUUUUAAUAUUUUCACACCUAAUAACAUGUCCACAGGGCUCGUUAACGUGACGGCAAAGGAAUGUUUACAUUUACAUCGAAUUGAUAAACACAAAUGCGGUUACAGUUCUGACAAUUCAUACUCUUCUUCGUCGGCGUCCUCGGACAGUUCUCGUUCCCGUCACCUUCGGUCGGACGGUGAAGCCUAUGGGAGUCGUCAUCACAACUACAAUUCUAAAUCAAAUUCUCAACAUCGUCGGCGCUCGCGCUCUGGGUCAGAUUCGCCGUUGCGUCAUUAUUCAGGCCGGACGUCUCGCGAUCGUCAGCGCAUGCGUCAGGCACGCGAUCAUCCACAGGCUAGCCGCUGCAUUGGAGUCUUUGGCCUAAAUACCAACACCACAGAGCAGAAGGUGCGCGAAUUGUUUAAUAAAUUUGGACCCAUUCAACGUAUUCAGAUGGUUAUCGAUGCUCAAACUCAUCGUUCUCGUGGUUUUUGCUUCAUAUACUUUGAGAAUCUCAGUGACGCACGUGUUGCUAAGGAUGCCUGUACAGGAAUGGAUGUGGAUGGCCGCCGCAUACGCGUCGACUAUUCGAUAACUCAACGUCCACACACACCCACUCCUGGUGUGUACAUGGGACGUCCAUCACGCCCACUGGGGAGACGCUCUCGUGACCGUGACUUUGGCAAUCGAGAUAGCUAUCGUCCUCGUCGUCGCCACCGCGAAGAGUCAUCGUCAGUAUCGCCAUCAAAUCGUCGCAAAUAUCGCAGCCGUCAUCGCUACGAACGUAGCCACAGUCGCACUCGCAGUUACUCUCGUUCGCGCUCUCCACGCAAGCCUUCUCGCGUCCAAUCGCGUUACUAAUGUGCCAAUGAUUGUGUGCUUGUGUGAAUGGAUGACUAGUUCACAAGUACA